CGGAUGUUAGAAAUCGACCCCUUGAUUCAGACUAAGUUAAAUGCAACAAAAGACAAAUCGAAUCGUCUGACGAGCAGGAUGAUUGCUAUUCUGAAAGAGUUAGUCCUGAUUUUAGAGCCUUUUCAAGAGGCUACUGAUGAUCUACAGGCCGAUUACGAGACACUUGGAAACUUUAUCCCUGCUUAUUUCGACCUACUAAAUAAAGUUAGUUUGACACGGGAAGAAGACGACGGAACUCUUAUCAACAAUCCAAAAAGCCCUUUGGCCGGAAAAAUUAAUCACUGUGCAGAUCUGGCUGAGGCUCUCAAAAAAUCGCUUGAAUCUAGAAUGUCAUUUGUCUUACAAGACACUUUUUAUGUGCUAGGUGCCAUUCUAGAUCCCCGGUUCAAGAAAUGCUGGAUCUCUACAACUUCAAUGUCAGAGUACGCUCUCCUAGAUAGCGUCAGAUUUGAACUGACGUCAAGAUAUUCAAACCUGAAGGACGGUGAAAAUGCAUCUCGCACUCUCAAUCAAGGAAAUGAGGACGAAGGAGUGACUAAUAAAGAAAGUGGUCCAACACCCAGCAAGAAAAAACGGAAUUUGUACAGCACUAUCAAUGCUACAGAACGUCCCCCUUCAGCUGGCAGUUCUCAAAUUCUCGAAGAAUUCGAAGUCUAUCUGAACGAGAAAACCCUCCCUAUGGAACAGGAGGAUAAUUCUGGUGUCGUAACACCAACAAGAUCACUUAAAUUUUGGAGUCAAAAUGCUCAUCGUUUUCCUUACUUGUCAUGUGUUGCUAGAGAUAUCUAUGGUUGUCCGGCGUCAUCCGCCAGCAUUGAAAGAGUUUUCAGUACUGCCAGUGAUAUUUUAACGGCAAAGCGAAUGCGAACUAAAGCUGGUUUGUUUGAAAAGUUACUUUUUCUCAAACAUAAUUCAAAGUUGAUCAAUAACCCUGUGGCCUGUUGAAUGACUUGAAUCUCAUUUCUCAUUGAAUUGAACUCAAUUUUUAAUGAUUGAUCAGUUAAUAAACAAAACUGGACCAGCCAACAAAGAAUAAAAAAUGUCUUUUACCUUUUCUAAAAAAUUACUAUUCACAAACUCACCAGAUAUUAUGCGUAGCUUCACUAGCUUCAGCUUGACUAUA